CAUUUACAAUCGGACUUUAUUACCGUUCACAGUUACAGAGAAGCCGGUUACGGUUAUUGGUCUGUGUGAAGUGCACUUUUGAAGCAGCUUUAGUGGUUUUACAACCUUGAAGAGCACAAAUGGCAAAGAAGGCGACUUCUCUGUUUCUCCGGGCGCUAGAGAUUUCGGAGGGACAGUCGUGUAAUAUUAUGAGGAGAAAUUCUAAUGCCACUAUCAGACAUUUGAGCUCUUGUGGUGCGUUAGCCACACGGAAGGCAAGCCUACCUCCUCCCAUAGAAUCUUCACAGGUUGUGCCCACCCGGAGCUUUAUUAAUUUAUCAGCGCACCUCAUAGCACGAAGAAUGGACUACUCAGAGAGCCGGGCAGUUUGCUACUCACCUGAGCAGAUGUACAGCGUUGUAGCCAACGUGGACCAGUACCAGCAGUUUGUACCAUGGUGCAAGAAGUCAAAGGUCACAAGAGGGAGAAACGGUGAUAUGCGAGCUCAGCUUGAAAUUGGAUUCCCCCCCAUCGUUGAGCGCUACACCUCAGAGGUCACAGUUAUCCCAAACCACCAAGUCCGAGCGGUGUGCACAGAUGGACAGCUCUUCAGUCACCUUGAGACACUGUGGCGAUUCACUCCUGGGUCUGCAGGACAAGCUGACUCCUGCAAUGUGGAGUUCUUUGUAUCAUUUGAGUUCAAAUCCCUGCUUCACUCACAAUUAGCAACAGUAUUUUUUGAUGAGGUUGUCAAACAGAUGGUCAAUGCUUUUGAGGUACGAGCGGCCAAGCUCUACGGCACCAGCUCCAAUCGACUUCAGACCACACGAAGAAGAGUUAUCUGAGAACCCACUUCAGAGGCUUUGUUUAAAUGGACAUCAGAAGAUACAUAGACACAUACAUUGUUACAAUGUAUCAGCCCUGGAGACUUUCCUUGUAUUAAUCCAGUUUUUGGAUUGUGGACUGUUAAUAUCAGCUCCUUUACUAGUUGCUGAGAAAUAACAUAAAUAAUUCAUAUUUAUUUAAAUCAUAUAUUAUUUAAUUUAUUGGCAUAAAUGUAUAUAAUUAUUUUUAAUGUAUAUAUUUUUUAAUGAUAUAAGAAGAUGAGUGUUUGAUAAUGGAUUUAUUUAUUUAUUUAUGAUUUUGUUCACACAGUUGACCAAAAUAAGAAAAAUAUGUUUUAAAUUAAAGUUUUUAUUGCAA